AUGUUGAAAUCAAAUGAUUGUCUUUUUUCCAUGGAUAACUCGUUUUUCAGUAGCCGAGAUGAAACUGAAAUCUUUCCAGUUAAGGAAAAAUCACCAGAUUGGUUUCUCCCUCCAGCACCACGGAUUUCAGAAAUGCCAGAUAUUCAAGAGGUAGAGGAAGAAAUUGAAAGUUAUAAACUAUUAGGUCAAGGAAAGAGUCCAAAAAUGUUAACAUCAAAUUUGAAGAUCAUUAAUGAAGACAAGAAUUUACCAACACAGAAAUUCCAUUUUCCUUAUAGUGUACAUAAACAGGAUUACCUAACUUUAGGAGGAUCAAGUAACAAAGGCGGGUCACACACAGCUGGCAAGCUGCUCUAUGGUUCUUCUCAGAACCAUAAGAACCUCAUGGGCACUGAGAGUCCACCUGCGAAGAAUGGUCUUGGUGACACAAAAUUACCUAAUGCUGCAGGACACACAGGAAAGGGGACAUCAGCAUUCAAAGCAAGAUUAUCUAGAACAUGUGGCAAUAUUCAUGAAUGUGCUAAUGAAAGUUUAAAUUUGGAUUCUCAUAUUAGCCCAGUGGAACUUGCCCAAACAAAUGUAAGCAAAGAGAAUUCAUUGAACUAUAGCAGUACUAAACAGAAACUUCAACAUUCUGCAAACAAAUUCAAAGCAAAUGAUGCUUUUUCUGCCUCUGGAAUUGGAGAAAACAUAUUCAAAGUACCACCCUUUUCUGUUGCAUCUCAGCCUCAUGACAUUCAAGGCACAACACCAAAUGGCUUAGGUUCCUUGAAGGCUGUCACAGAAAUCCCAUCAAAAUUUAGAAGUAUAUUCAAAGAAUUCCCUUACUUCAACUACAUACAGUCCAAAGCCUUUGAUGAUCUUCUGUACACAGAUAGGAAUUUUGUGAUUUGUGCCCCCACUGGUUCUGGGAAAACUGUGGUGUUUGAGCUAGCAAUAACAAGGCUGUUAAUGGAAGUACCAUUGCCAUGGUCCAACAUGAAAAUUGUUUAUAUGGCGCCAAUAAAAGCCCUUUGUAGUCAGCGGUUUGAUGACUGGAAAGAAAAAUUUGGACCACUAGGCUUGAAUUGUAAAGAACUUACUGGAGACACCGUAAUGGAUGACCUAUUUGAGAUUCAACAUGCCAAUAUAAUUAUGACAACUCCAGAGAAGUGGGACAGCCUGACUAGGAGGUUGAGAGACAACUCUUUCAUCCAACUGGUUCGCCUGUUUCUCAUUGAUGAGGUGCACGUUAUAAAAGAUGAGCACCGUGGCCCAACGCUUGAGGUUGUGGUUAGCAGAAUGAAGACUGUGCACUCGUCAUCUAGGGCCGUGAGAAGGGCCGUCCCUGCGCCCGUAAGAUUUGUAGCCGUAUCUGCUACCAUUCCCAACGCCGAGGAUGUCGCAGAGUGGCUGUCAGACGGCGAGAGACCUGCUGUGUGUCUGAAAAUGGAUGAGAGCCACAGACCUGUGAAACUUCAGAAAGUGGUCCUGGGUUUCCCCUGUGGUAGUAACCAAACUGAGUUCAAGUUUGAUUUAGCUCUCAACUAUAAAGUUUACAGUGUUAUACGGACAUACUCCGACCAGAAGCCCACACUUGUGUUUUGUGCAACAAGGAAAGGUGUGCAGCAGGCUGCUUCUGUUCUUGUAAAUGACGCCAAAUUUAUGGUCACUGUGGAACAGAAACUAAGGUUACAGAAGUCUGCAUAUUCUAUAAGGGAUUCAAAGUUAAAAGAUAUUUUGGUGCGUGGUGUUGCCUACCAUCAUGCUGGAAUGGAGCUAUCAGAUCGAAAAUUGGUGGAAGGAUUGUUCACUGCUGGAGAUCUACCAGUGCUUUUUACCACCAGCACUCUAGCUAUGGGGGUGAACUUGCCAGCUCACCUGGUGGUUAUAAAGUCUACAAUGCACUACGCUGGAGGCAUGUUUGAGGAGUACAGUGAGACAGACAUCCUGCAGAUGAUCGGGAGAGCAGGCAGGCCUCAGUUUGACACCACAGCGACUGCAGUUAUUAUGACUCGGUUAAGUACAAGAGAAAAGUACGUUCAGAUGUUAGCUUGUAACGACACUGUAGAAAGCAGUUUGCACAGACAUCUUAUUGAACAUUUGAAUGCAGAGGUAGUGAUGCACACCAUCACGGAUGUGAGCAUUGCUCUGGACUGGAUCCGGUCAACCCUGCUGUAUAUCAGAGCUCUGAAAAACCCGUCUCAUUAUGGUUUUGUAUCUGGAUUGAACAAGGAUGGAAUUGAAGCAAAAUUACAAGAAUUAUGUUUGAGGAAUCUGAAAGAUUUGUCAUCACUAGACUUGAUUAAGAUGGAUGAAGAUGUUUAUUUCAAACCAACAGAGGCCGGGAGACUAAUGGCUUGGUAUUAUAUUACAUUUGAGACAGUGAAGAAAUUUUAUGCAACCAGUGGAAAAGAAACUUUAUCAGAUUUAAUUUCAAUGAUGUCCAGCUGCAGUGAGUUCCUAGACGUGCAGCUCAGGGUAAAUGAGAAGAGAGCGUUGAAUACUCUAAAUAAAGACCCGAACCGAAUAACUAUCAGAUUUCCAAUGGAAGGGAAAAUUAAAACAAGAGAAAUGAAAGUAAACUGUCUGAUUCAGGCUCAGCUAGGAUGCAUUCCUGUACAAGACUUUGCUUUGACACAAGAUACCACGAAGAUUUUCAGAAAUGCCUCAAGAAUUGCAAGAUGGUUGUCAGAUUUUGUGGCUGCUCAGGAAAAGAAGUUUGCUGUGCUUUUAAACAGUGUGAUUUUAGCUAAAUGCUUUAAGUGUAAACUCUGGGAAAACUCUAGACAUAUAUCUAAACAGCUGGAUAAAAUUGGCAUAUCAUUGUCAAAUACCAUGGUAAAUGCAGGUCUGACUUCUUUUAAAAAAAUAGAAGAAGUAAACGCAAGAGAACUUGAGCUGGUUUUAAGCAGACACCCGCCGUUCGGAACCCAGAUAAAAGAAGCUGUGAUGCAUCUACCGAAAUAUGAACUUGAAGUGGAGCAGAUUGCAAGAUAUAGUGAUACCAAGGCAGAAAUACUCGUGACCGUUAUAUUGAGGAACUUUGAACAGCUGCAAACUAAAAGAACAGCACCAGACUCUCACUAUACUACCUUAAUCAUAGGUGAUGCAGAUAAUCAAGUCGUUUUUAAGCACAAAAUUCUGGAUUCCGUUUUGUUAAAAAGUGGAAAUUGGGCUAAGAAAAUUGAUGUGAAGAGAGCACUUACAUCUGAAGAUCUCAGCAUAAAUCUAAUUAGUUCUGAUUAUGUUGGUCUUGAUAUUCAGCAGAAAUUUACAGUCUUUUAUUUAGGACCCAGGAAGUUUGUAAAUCAAACAGCUGUGCAAAGAAAAUCAGAAACAGGUGUUUCUCGUCUUAAAUAUGCAGACGGAGCCACUGCAGCAGGAUUCAGUGAAGGAAUGGCUACCUGCAAAAAGCCUGGGAACCGAGAAUGCAAUCAUCAUUGUAAAAAUAAACAUACAUGUGGACAUGACUGCUGUAAGAUUGGAGUUGCACAGAAGCCGGAAGUUAAGGAGUUGGCAAUGUCUUCAUAUUUGUCUGACUUAAAAAGCAGAAAUGCUGUUUCUUCCCUUCCUCCAGCUAAACGACUCAAGAUACAGAUGAACAAAUAUCAAAAUGUGGACCUUAAAGUAUUUGGUUUUACUCCAAGGCCUUCCCUUUCCAGUGUAUCAAGGUCAGAAUAUUUAAGCACCUCUGGAUUGCCAAUAUUGGAACAGUGGGAUCAGCAUGAAACCUAUGGAAAAGUUCAGCCAGCACCAUAUGAAUAUCGUCGUGGCAAAGAUUUUCCUGGAUGGGACUAUUGUACAACGUCAAAUGGAAAGACCCCUGAAACAGUGACGCUCAGCAGGCAUGCUAAUGCUCCUGGAAACCGCAGUGCUGCAGAUGAAAGCAAGUCUUCAGGAGUUCUGAAUGUGAACUUUGAGCUGGGAGAUGAAGUUUGGGAUGACUUUGAUGAUGAAAGCUUAAUAGACGUGAUGAGCUUUUCAGCUGAUGCAGAGCAGACAGCUGUACCAGGACUUGGAGACACUUGUGGUUCAAGUCGCAGCAGAAGUAAGCUGCCCUUCCAAAAGUCAAGCAGCAAAUUCCACAGAGAAAUCUCAAACAGUUUUGUUUCAUCACACAAGAAGCAAGAUGUUUAUAUAUCAGACUGUGCCAUGUCCAAGUGUGAGCCAUCCUCUGUGGUAGAAUUACCUCAACAAGCUGCAAAUGCAAGUCUUGUCAGUUUACAAGAGCGAAGACAGCUGUCUCUCUCUCCCGUGAUUGAGAGGGUGUGUUUUACUGGUGCUAAGAAAACACCACAGUCUCCCAAGUUUAAGGAAGUUGAUAUUUUUAUUGGAAACAGUGGCUCUAAAAAGGACAUUGAUCUUAGUAAGUAUUAUCCUGAUGAUGCAGCUGAAGAAAUGAAGGCCCUUCUAGGAAUAUUUAAUGGCAUUUUCUAA